AUGGACGAGGAAUACUUAGAUAGCCAGUCUGAUACUCUUAGUGAUAAUGAAAACAUACAGGAAAGUAACGAGGAAUUGCUUAAAAAAAUUCUCAGUUACAAAGAGACAGGAAAUGAACAAUACAAGAAAGGUAAAUAUAAUGAAGCUAUUAAUACAUAUGAUGAGGGUUUAGAGUUCAUUGAGAAAUUAAGAAAGAAAGAUGUAGAUGGAAAGAAUGUUGAAAUAGAAAAUCUAGAAACAACAUUACAACUUAACAAAUCUAUGAUAUACUUAAAAAGUAGUGAAUGGUUUAAAGUAAUUCAAGUUACAAGUAAAAUACUUAAAGAGGACCAGAAAAAUAUGAAAGCUCUUUAUCGUCGAGGACUAGCUAGAAUAGGUUUCAGUAUGUAUGAAGAAGCCCGUGAAGAUUUCUUAGCUAUAUUAGAUUUAGAACCUGGAAAUGCUGCUGCUAUACAACAGUUACAAAUUAUUAGACAAAAAAUAUCAGAAAGUAAUGAGAAGAGUAGAGGUUCUUUUAGCAAGAUAUUUUCUAAAGGUUUGUAUACUGAUAGACAAAGAGAUGUAGAGAUAAAGAAGGCAAAAGAAAGAGAAUCAAGACGAGAAAUUUAUGAAAAAGAAAUUAAUGAGAAAAAACUAAAAGGAGAUGCAGAUAAUUCUAAGGUUAUUCCUUUUGAAGAAUGGGAAAAAGAAUAUAUAGCAAAGAAUUCUAAUUCUACAGAUAAGCCAUUAGAUUCAAAUGCUAACUCACAACAAAAAUCUCACAAAGUAAAUUCAAAUUCUACAUCUAAUUCACCAUCUGCUCCAAUUAUUUCUUCAAAAAGUAGUGAUAUUGAAUUAGAUGACGAAGAUAUGAAAAUAUUAGCUGAAACGAAAAAAAUGGGAUAUUGUUAUUUUAGAAGAACAUUAACAGAUCAAGAAAAGGAAUUGAACCAACAAUUUGUUCCAAAAUUAAUAGAAGAAACAAAAAAUGAGAAUACUUCAAAUGAUCAUAUUAGUGAUCCAUCAAGACUUGGAAUCAGCUCAUGGAAUUCUAAAGGAACUACUUUUGAAGAUAAAGAUGUAACUUCAACAGCAAAAGUUACACUCAAGAAAUAUUUAGAAGCAUCGAGUUUUGAGGAAAUAUUCAGAUGUGACAAUAAAAUAACUGUUAGUGUAACUAGUGUUGAUGAAAUUGAUGGUGAAGCGUCUGUUGCAAUGGUAAGAGGUACUAGAAGGUUCUUAUUUGAUUUUUCAGUCAAACUUAAAGGAAAAUAUGAAUCCAUUAAUCUUAGAGAUAAUACUACUGAAUCAACUAAUUUUUCUAUAUCUAUUCCAUCACUUACUUCAAUGAGUAGUGAAGAAGAUAUAUUUGGACUUAAAGAAUGCUCUAUUGAACUUCUCGACAAUAAAAAUACAUUUUCUACUGAUAUCCAAAAUCAAAUAUGUAAUUGUAUUAAAGAACAAUUUUGUUUCAUGUAUUUAAAAAGUCAACUACAGCAGAUGCUAAAUGAUUUCCAUAUCAACAUUUGA